UACCCACUUACCAGUUGCCAUCAAAAGAGAGAGCGAAUAUUAUCAGAGAGAUAGAGAGAGAAAACCUGAAACUGAAUACUGCUUCUUUACCAACCCCUCCACUGGAUCAAAGAAGGCGACACCUUCAAACAAAUAAAAUAAAAGAAAGAAAGUUAGAAACCUCUUUGUCGUCUCUUUCCGCCAAGUUUAUCUAAUUUUUCUUCAUCUUCAUUUACUUUCAGUUUCUGCGUCUGCUUCCAAAUGGAGCAAAUCAGAGCCACUUUUAAGCUCGAAGCUUGUGGUAUAAUUUAGAAGACGUCGCUUUCGGAAAAGUUCUAUAUUUAAUCUUUUUUCCUUUUUUUUUUUUUUAACUGUUUGUGUCGGGGAUGGGUUGCUGGAGAAUGAUAUCUGGGAACUUGGAUCCGAAGAGGAAGAGGUGCGGUGGACUGAGGACGAAGCAGGCGGGAAGAGGAUCGUGUCGCGGAAGUUAGCCUGCCUUCGUUGCUGUCAGAGGAAGAUAAGAGUUAUUUGUUUGCUUGUUUGCUGUUUACACCACUGCAACUGGCUGACCUUUUCUAGGUCACUUUUCAAGUGAUUACUUCCGGUUGUUGUUCUUGUUCUUUGUUCUGGUACUUAUUUAAUUGGUUUUGAAGGCUCAGUUAAGUGAGAGCAUAAGAGUUGUAGUUAUGGGUUUUUUGUUGAGAGAAGUUUUAAGGACACUCUGUGGUGCCAACCAGUGGUGCUAUGCAGUGUUUUGGAAGAUCGGCUACCAGAAUCCUAAGUUGUUAAUUUGGGAAGAAUGUCACUUUGAAUCAAAGUUAAGUUCUCUUCCCCCACGAACUUCUGGCAUUGAAAAUCCUGAGUUGCCCUUUGGAGAAUGUGAAGGGCACCAGGCUUCUGAUAUUCACUUCUCACAGCCCAAUGUUCAAACUGGAGAGGCAGUGCAUCUGCUUAUUAACAAAAUGAUGAUGAAUAAUCAAGUUAAUGUUGUAGGUCAAGGAAUAGUAGGGCGAGCUGCAUUUACAGGAAAUCAUGAAUGGAUCCUUGCAAACAAUUACAAUGGAGAUGUUCAUCCACCAGAGGUUUUUACUGAGAUACAUCAGCAAUUUUCAGCUGGCAUGCAGACAAUUGCAGUUAUUCCCGUUUCCCCUCAUGGUGUGGUUCAGCUUGGCUCUUCCUUGACUAUGGUGGAGAAUAUGGGAUUUGUGAAUAAUGUGAAGAGUUCAAUCCUGCAACUAGGAUGUGUCCCUGGGGCUCUUCUGUCUGACAACAUUGCAGCUAAAGAAUGUACAGAAAGAAUUGGGGUGCCGGUUACUUUUAAAGUGCCUGAUUCUUUUUCUCAUUUGUCUGGAAAUAAAGUGCCAAAUUCCAGUUUAUUUUCCAACAGCUACAACCAGCAGAGUAUCUCGUUCCGAUCUUCCAGAAUUGCUCAACCUUCUUAUUCUCAAAUUGGACAGAUUCAGGAUAAUCGACAAUCUACUGCUUCAAAAAUUCAUGCCCCAAAUCUGACCGACUAUUCUCCUAACUCUUGUGAAACAAAAAUGAAGGCUAUUAGACAGGAUGAUUCAUUUGGAGGCCAACAAGAGAAUGGAACUGUUGGAGUUGAGGUGAUCCGAUCAAAUCCAGAUGCAUGGUUGAACCAGCAUGCUGCUUCAUUUGAUUCAAGGCCUGCGUUUGGACACCAAUCUGUUAUUGGUCAAUUCGAUGCCAAUAAUAGCAUUCUGACAUUAUUGGAACAGCAUGUUCUUUCAGAUGUUAGUCCACAAAAUCAUCUUAUUGACAAUAGAAAUGGAUUGGAUAGCUUUAUCACACCUCAAAUGAGAACACAUGGAAGCCUAAUUGUCAAUUCUCAUGGAGGUGCUUUGACAUACGGGAGAGAGUUACAUAAAGGGUCAAGUAGUCAGACGAGGCUUACAAUGCCAUCACCUCUUGUGAGUCCACAAAAAUCAAUUGAUGUUGCUGAUGCUUCCACCCAGGUGGCUGGAGUUGGGCUUCAAAGUAUUGAUUCAUCAAGGAGUGAAGAUGUUCCUUUAUCCACUCUGGUACAUCAAUUAGGUAAUAGUGUCAUGCUUUCUGAAGGGUUUUGUCACAGUUACCAUUCCAGAGAUGGGAAGCAUGCUAAAAGUCAAUCAAUUGCGAAGGAAGGAAAAACGGAUGAUGAUUUGAUUCAAGCACUUAACAUCCAACCAUCUCAGCCGGAUAUACACAUUUCUUUGGAUGGAAAGAUCCCUGGUUCCAUUCCUGAUUGCCUUAAACGUGCAACUGGAAGUCAGGAUUUAGUUAUUGCAAAUGUUGAGUUUGAGGAUUCAUGCGCUCAACCUCCAUCUGCGGAUGAUUUGUAUGAUAUUCUGGGUGUGGAUUUUAAAAAGCAAUUACUCAAUAGCAAGUGGGAUAGUUUGCUUGCAGAUGUGUCAUCCGCCAAUUCGCAUAUGGGAAAAGAUGCUUCAACCUUUAUCAAUGUGCAUGAAGCCAGCUCUGAUGUUUUUUCAGUUUUUCAAUGUACAUCCGACAGCAGUAUUUUCUCUGGUGUGGGUACUGAUCAUCUUUUAGAUGCUGUGGUAUCCAGGGCUCACUCUGCUUCCAAGCAGAGCCCAAAUGAUAUUGUCUCUUGUAAGACAACGUUGACGAAGGUCAGUAGCUCUUCUGUUCCUGGUGGUUCUCCCUCGCAUAGCCUGGUUCACCUGUCUGAUCAGGUUAAAAAGGAGUCUUUUGACCUUCCCAAGUCUUUGGAAAAAUCCGGAACCGUGGCAUCUGGCUCUAUCAGGUCUGGAUGUAGCAAGGAUGAAAUGGGAACUUGUUCUCAAAUCACUUCCAUUUACAGAUCCCAAUUGAGUUCAUGGAUUGGACAUAAUAUGAGGCGUGAUAGUAGUGUUUCAACUGCAUAUUCCAAGAAAAAUGAUGAAAUGAACAAACCAAAUCGCAAAAGACUUAAACCUGGAGAGAAUCCCAGACCCAGGCCAAAAGAUCGUCAGAUGAUCCAAGAUAGGGUGAAAGAGUUGAGAGAAAUUGUACCAAAUGGAGCAAAAUGUAGUAUAGAUGCUUUACUUGAACGGACCAUCAAACAUAUGCUUUUCUUGCAAAGUGUGACAAAACAUGCAGACAAGCUAAAACAGACAGGGGAGUCUAAGAUACUCAACAAGGAAGGUGGUCUCCUUUUGAAGGACAAUUUUGAAGGAGGGGCAACAUGGGCAUUUGAAGUUGGGUCUCAAUCAAUGGUCUGUCCUAUCAUUGUUGAGGAUCUGAACCCACCUCGACAGAUGCUUGUGGAGAUGCUCUGUGAAGAAAGGGGUUUCUUUCUUGAAAUAGCUGAUUUAAUCAGGGGAUUGGGGUUAACAAUCUUGAAGGGGGUGAUGGAAGCUCGGAAUGAUAAGAUUUGGGCACUUUUUGCAGUAGAGGCAAACAGGGAUGUAACGAGGAUGGAGGUAUUUAUGUCUCUCGUUCGCCUUUUGGAGCAAACUGUGAAGGGGGGUGGUGCAACAUCAGCUGCUGCAUUGGAGAACAAUAUGAUAGUGCAUCAUUCGUUCCCCCAAGCUACAUCUAUACCUGCAACUGGUAGGCCUAAUAGUUUGCAGUGAGUUGCCGGCUAAAACUAUCUCUGGUCUGCAUAUGUUAAGAGCGAGCCCUUUUUCGCUUGCCAUGACUAACAUGGAUUCCGGUCGGUUCUAGCUGUUCGCUAACAUAUCAUCAGGUAGCCAAAAGAUUAGAUUAUGGCUGACCUUACUUUGCAAGGGAGAUUCAUUAGGUAGCUAAAGCUCCUCAAGAACUCUCAACAUCGUAUUCUAGUGGUAGAAGAUUAGGGGAGAAAGUUAGCCAGAGAUGACAGCUCAUAAAGUGCAUGCUUUGUUAAUUGUAGACAGCUAAGAUCCUAGAAAUGUCUUUUUUAGUCAAUGAGAUACUCUUUAGGGUUGCAUAAUAGUUUGGGGUUUUGCGUUUCUCAAAUGUAUAGGGGAAUGAAGGAGCUGUCUUUUCCUUUUUUUUGGCAGGUCAAUGUGUUCUUUUCUUUUUACCUCUGUUACAAGUACUUUAUGACUGUCGAAAUGCGUUUUGCAAUUAGGAAGACGUGUUAUUGCUAUUGCCGUGGUAUUUAUCAAAUUGCCUUCGCUCUCA